CAUUCCAUGCCAUCAAGUGCUUGCAAUCAGCCUAGAUAACAAUUGUACUUUGUCCUCAGAAAAUAGAUCCAGGACAUGAUUGCUGUAGAUAGAUAGACAGAUUUGGUGUGGGCUAUAUAGGGUGCUAGAGCUAGAUUACAGUAUAAAUAGCAGCUCAUGUGAGCGUGCGCAUACCUACGUGUGCUCUGCUCUGCUUGCUGUCAAGAGUCUGUGCUCAUCUCCCAUUGCAGUGUUGCACGAGUGCGCCCAGCCAGCAGCCAUGAUCCUUCUCUAGAUCUUUAGCUAUCUAUAAAGAUCCUUUUCACCUUCGUUGGUCCACACGCAUACAACAUAUAUGCACCUCCACACAUGCAUCUACUAGUACUAAGUUGAAAAGGUUGUGCGCUUGAUUUCAGUUCAGAAGACAUCGAGCUAGCUUGCUACCAGGCAGGAAGGUAGAUGCUAGCAAUGGAACAGCACCAUCAGCAGGAGGAGUCGUGUGUUCCACCAGGAUUCAGAUUCCACCCCACAGAGGAGGAGCUGGUGGGGUACUACCUGGCCAGGAAGGUGGCCGCCCAAAAGAUCGACCUCGAUAUCAUCCAGGAGGUUGAUCUCUACCGGAUAGAGCCAUGGGACCUCCAAGAGAGGUGCGGCGGCGGCAGGGGAGGACGGGGAGCGCGUCAGGUGGCGGCGGAGGACGAGCAGUCGUCGGAGUGGUACUUCUUCAGCUUCAAGGACCGCAAGUAUCCCAGCGGCACCCGCACCAACCGCGCCACCGCGGCCGGGUUCUGGAAGGCCACCGGCAGGGACAAGCCGGUCACGUCAUCGCGGAGCCACGGCGUGAUCGGCAUGAGGAAGACGCUGGUGUUCUACAGGGGCCGGGCACCCAACGGUAGGAAGACCGACUGGAUCAUCCACGAGUACCGCCUCCAGACCAACGAGCACGCUCCCACACAGGAGGAAGGCUGGGUGGUGUGCCGGGCGUUCCAGAAGCCCACCCCGAACCAGAGGCCGUCCUACAUCUUCCCUGCAUACGCUGCCACUCCGGGCCUCGGGAGCUACUACGACGCGAGGCCUUGGCUGCACGGCCGAGGCGAUGACCUCCCCUACCUUCAGAGCGCCGCGGGAGCUACAGGAGCCGGCGGCCUCGGCUUCCCCGGCUUCCCCGGCCAGGGAAUCCAGUACUCUGACGACGUGCUGGAGUCCAAACAGAGUCUUUUCAACAACAUCCCGCAGCUCAUUGAGAGCCCGCCGACGACCACCGCCGUUGCCGGUGGUGGCGACGCGGGCUAUGACAUCGUGCAGCAGGGACAGGGAGCGGCCGGCAUGGACUGGAACUUCCUGGACAGCCUGCUAUCCACGUCGCAGCUGCACGAAUACUCUGCUACUGCUGCGUCACAGCUGCACCUAGAGCAGUGAAGUAGAGUUAGCAGACAUACCGUAGCAGCAUCGAUUUCAUUGUAUACAUGAUUUUUUAAUAACUAGUAUCAUUUAGUACAGAUAGUAGAUGAUGUCCAUGUGCAUCUGUUGCACUGGACACUUGGUUGUACCUAGAUAGGCUACUCUGUUUCACUUACUGAGUCCAUGUGUCUACUGUAGAUCACUCUGUUCCACUUACUGAAUAUAUGUGUU